GCUCCUACAAUGGUCGAAAAACAGCUAGCUGGUAUCCUCCGACAGAAAAUAUCGAUUUUGAACGCACAGACAGCUCGGUAACAACGGGAACGAGGACAGUAAUAUAUCGUACAGAGUAUCUCCGAUCCAUUCUGUGCAUAUGUAUCUAUCUUACAGCGCUGAAGCGGUCUAGAUUCAUAGUUGCAGCUGUUUGUGCAGCUAGCCACCCAGCUGGCUAAAGCGCUAACACUGCUAGCUCGCUGUCCGGACGGCAGACAGACAGACAGAUGGAUAAAUGCAGUUCGUUUCUGGCUGAAAGAGGCCGGAACACCAGCGUAGAUGGCACAGUUAACAAAAUAACGUUAAACUGCCUGAGUAGUACGUUAGCUACAUUAAACUGCAUUGGACGAUAACGGUGAAACGUCGACGUCCCUUCGACCCCAAAACGUCGCACGGUAUUAAAUUAACGAUAGCUGGCUUAAACAUUGUAUGAAAAAAAACCGUGUAGUAAUUGUGCAAUAAAUCAGAAACACUAAUUUGAUAACUGCAAAACCAUUAAAGAGUUGUGGGCACGUCCCUCGGUGCUGAAGGUGAGAGUGUGAAACGUUAUGGUGAACGGUGACUGGGCCCCUAGUCGUUGCUAAUGCCGUGAGACGGAACGGUACUAAGCCUUACGAUUCAAUUCAAUUCAGUCCCGUUGAUUAACUGGGGCGACACAAAGCUGGAUCAAAAGCGUGUUUAUAUAGUUUGUGUCACACGAGCGCGCCGCGAUGGAGCCUCUUACCUCUGCAAAAAGGUGUUCAGCUUUGUUUUUCUGGACUGGAUCAAGGCGGUUGCUGCCUCUCUUUCUGUUGUACGAACGAUCUAACUAGCUGUCGUACUGAAGCGACCAACAGAACGAGGCCUUAGGAGGCAAUGACGUCAUGCGCCGCAGCAACACGCCGAAAGUUUCCGAAGAGCGUCGAUAGAUGCCGAGUCUCAUCAGAGUUACCUUGUUCACUUGGAACAACUGCCCUCAAGAUGUCUACAUGUGAAGCCUGCAGAAACACAACGGGUAAAGACAUCACAUUCUACAACUUUCCCCAGAAGGAGGAGUAUCUUCAGCAGUGGAUAGCCAACAUGGGAAAACCUGAAGGGUGGACUCCAUCAGAAUCUUCAGUAUUAUGCUCUGCUCAUUUCAGCCCAGAGUGCUUUGAUGGGUCAGCACAUCUACGUCCAGAUGCAAUUCCCACUGUUUUUUCUCCCGAGUCUAUGGAAGCGCAAGAUUUGAAAAAGCCUGGAAAUCUAACCGAUAACCAAGAAAUAUCAGUUACACUCACUGACACACCAAGAAGCACAUGUGAUUGUGAGGAACGCCUUCAAACAAUUGAAAAAUCUUACAAACUAAAAUUACUUACUGCUCAACUUCAAAUAAAAAAGUACCAAAAAGAACUGUCUGAGCAGUCACACAAGGCUAUGAAAUGGCAAAGGAAAGCAAUGGUUUUGCAGUCUGCUGUGAAGGCCAUGAAGCUGAAGAAAUCAACGUCUUCAACUGAAACAUCAGCGUCUUCUGAAAAGCAGACUGACCUUGCUGAAGACUGAAGUAUCUUGAGUUAAAGAGCAAUGUUAAACAUAAUGCAUGUAACUUAAGUAGCACAUUACAGUUCUGUUUUAAUGACUUAUAUUCUAUCCCUGUUGAGUAAGCUUUAACCAUGGACAAUUGAUUUGUGGCAAUUUUCCUGGUAAAUUAGACAUGAGUAACCUCCAAACCACUUUACCAUGAUGUAACAUUAACCACUGGCAUGAAUUCAGUUUGCUCCUUGAGUGCAAACACACUCGGGCCAGACAGUAACAGGAAUUCAACAAUUG